CGGUUGUGUAACGCCCUUGAAGUGUAGAGCAGUCUGAACACGGUCUCUCAGAUUUCAACGAAGGUGUGAGCGCGAUGAGCGUUCAUGGCCCGUAAUCCGAUAGGAUAUCCGACAUUUGUGCCGUAUCUCGCACACACCAACAAUCACUCUUUCCUUAGAUACCCUCCUGGCAUUCCGUUUUAAAUCACCUCCCUCCGCUGCGCGGAUCGAUCUCUCAGUCACUCUGUGUUCCUCGUCGCCUUCCUCUCAAUCUACUCCUCAGGAAGUCAGGAUGGCGGCGGCCGCGACGCCUCCUCUGCUUUUGCUGCUGCUCCUGGCUGCGGCGCUGCCGGCUCCGUCGCACGGCUGGGGAGUCGACGGCCAUCUCAUGGUCUGCCAGAUCGCACAGGGCCGCCUGAGCGGCGCGGCGGCGGCGGCGGUGAGGGACCUGCUGCCCUCCUACGCGCGCAGCAACCUGAGCAGCCUCUGCUCCUGGGCCGACGACGUCAAGUUCCGGUACCCCUGGUCGUCGGCGCUCCACUACAUCGACACCCCCGACGGCCUCUGCGCCUACAGCUACGACAGAGACUGCAAGGACGAGGACGGCGUCAAGGGCCGGUGCGUCGCAGGCGCCAUCAACAACUACACCUCGCAGCUCCUCACGUACGGAAGAUCUUCUGCUACCCAAUAUAACCUGACGCAAGCGCUUCUGUUCCUUUCACACUUCAUCGGAGACAUCCACCAGCCACUUCAUGUGGGGUUUACCUCCGACAGAGGAGGGAACACCAUCGACGUCCACUGGUACAGAAGGAAGUCUGUCCUGCACCAUGUUUGGGACGCCAACAUUAUCCAGACGGCCGAGGACGACUUCUACGGCGAUGGCGUAGCAGAUUACAUCGACACACUGACGAAAAACAUAACUGGAGAAUGGUCGGAGCAAGUGCCUAGCUGGGAAGAAUGCGGCAAGAACCAGACUGCAUGCCCGGACAUAUAUGCAUCUGAGAGCAUCACCGCAGCAUGCGACUGGGCGUACAAGGGCGUUGAUGAAGACUCGACACUGGAAGAUGCCUAUUUCUCCAGCAGGCUGCCGGUCGUCAACUUGAGGCUAGCGCAGGGCGGCGUUCGAUUAGCUGCUACCUUGAACAGGAUAUUUGGUUAAAAACGAUGAAAUACGUUCUCUACGAGAGGAUAAAUAUCAUUUUUCGUUUCUCAAGUUUGUCACACAAUAUUUUGAGUUAUGCACUAGUGCAAUCUUUCAAAAAGAGGUGUUUACUGGUGCCUGUGCUAGCUGGGGAUGCAGGAAUUCAAGAUUGGUGUACAUACAGUACUAGCGAAGCGAACAAUCAUCGCAUAUAAAAGAUAGAGAUUCAUAAAAUAAAAGUUAAGGUUAGAUGGUAUAGUACAAAUGGUUUCUUAAUCUAUUAUCCAUACAAUAUUUUGAAACUGUCAACUCAUAAAAAAGUUACAAAUUAACUUGAUGAGGUGGCUUUUGAAAAUCGGGGAUAA